UGAUAGGCCUAUAUUCGGGGCGUCAUCGGUGUUUGUGCUACCGGGCUCCGAAAGCGAGCCAGGCUUCUGCCGCCUACUGCACACCAACUGCUCGCCCCCACCGGAUAUUACGUCGGAGGAGCUGCGAUCACCGGAAAUCACCGCCCUAUGGGAGGCCACAUCGUCAUCAACCACAGCAGCAUCAAGUAUAAAAGAACUGCACCCGCUGACACCACUUCGUGGGCUCGGUGACUGCACCAUAAUGCAGCCAUCUAAUCCGCUUACCUUUGCAAUGCAGACGACCAUCCUUGCGUUUGCCAGCCUGCAGCUAUCGAGCGUGAUAGGCCUAUAUUCGGGGGCGUCAUCGGUGUUUGUGCUACCGGGCUCCGAAAGCGAGCCAGGCUUCUGCCGCCUACUGCACACCAACUGCUCGCCCCCACCGGAUAUUACGUCGGAGGAGCUGCGAUCACCGGAAAUCACCGCCCUAUGGGAGGCCACAUCGUCAUCAACCACAGCAGCAUCAAGUAUAAAAGAACUGCACCCGCUGACACCACUUCGUGGGCUCGGUGACUGCACCAUAAUGCAGCCAUCUAAUCCGCUUACCUUUGCAAUGCAGACGACCAUCCUUGCGUUUGCCAGCCUGCAGCUAUCAAGCGUGAUAGGCCUAUAUUCGGGGGCGUCAUCGGUGUUUGUGCUACCGGGCUCCGAAAGCGAGCCAGGCUUCUGCCGCCUACUGCACACCAACUGCUCGCCCCCACCGGAUAUUACGUCGGAGGAGCUGCGAUCACCGGAAAUCACCGCCCUAUGGGAGGCCACAUCGUCAUCAACCACAGCAGCAUCAAGUAUAAAAGAACUGCACCCGCUGACACCACUUCGUGGGCUCGGUGACUGCACCAUAAUGCAGCCAUCUAAUCCGCUUACCUUUGCAAUGCAGGUCAGUAAAUCUUAUGUCCUCUUCGCUAAAAGGUCAAGUAAUUACUUUCUGGUGCAGUUCCCGAGCCCCCACUGCUGUAUUGCUAUUGCUGUUGAGUGUGCUCAUAUAAUUCGCUCGUUACUGAUCUUAUCGGGUGACGUCGAAACUAAUCCUGGUCCUAACGGAAACGCUGCUAUUCUUACUGAGCUACAAAAGCUAAGCACUGGCCAGGCCCAUUUGAUUGCCGAAGUUCAGAGUUUGAAAUCUCAACUAAGCACAACGGAUAAAACAAUAACAGACUUAAACAAACGAAUGGGCGAUCUUGAAACGCAUUACCAAACUCUUCUUCCCCUUAGAAACGAUAUCGAAAAAACACAGACUGACGUAAUCAGCAUGACUAUAAAAAUCCAGGAGCUAGAAGCUUCUCUGGAUGAUGCUGAAAACAGGUCGCGCCGGAAUAACGUUAUAUUCUACGGCGUCCCUGACCCCACUAGGAAUGAAACGUGGGCUGAAUCUGAAAAAGCGAUAGUUGAUAUCUGCAAGAAUAACCUUGGACUAACAGUGCAGCCUAACGACAUCGAACGCGCACAUCGUCUCGGUAUUCACUCAGUCAACCGAAAUCGUCCCAUAAUCGUGAAAUUCUUAUCACACAAAACCAGAGAUGCACUUUUAUCAAAUAGCAGGAAACUGAAGAACACUAACUACAGCAUCGGGGAGGACUUCUCCCGCCCCGUUCAACAUGCGCGCAAGCAGUUACUUGCAUUUGCAAAAGCACGUUCAGAGAAGUACUCCUUGCGGUUCAAAACGCUGCACAUCGGGUCGAAACGCUACAUAUUUGACGCAUCAUCACACACCGUUAAGGAAAUAGCAUAGCAGUUACCCCGCCAACAAAUAGCAAUAAAGCGCCAACCGGCUUCCUCUUGCCAUGUUCUCUCGUUUUCCGUAUUGUUCACUAACAUACGUAGCCUUCUUCCAAAACGUGAACUUAUAUCCAACAUUAUCUCGUCAUCAAAAAGCAACAUACUCGUACUAACAGAAACAUGGCUUAACAGUGAUGUAACGGAUGCUGAAAUUUUAACUGAUCUACCGGACUUCCACGUGUACCGAAACGACCGAAAAGGCUCACGGGGAGGCGGAGUACUUAUCGCAGUUCAUCAGGGCAUAUCUUGCUCUGUUGUUAACGUCGAUUCCGAUACCGAAUCCUUGUGGCUAAUUUGUCGUACUCACACCGUAACAGUCCUACUUUGCGUCUGCUAUAGGCCCCCACAAACGGAUCCAAAUUUUGCACGUCAUCUCAACGAUACCAUUCAAAAACUUACUUCCACUUACCCAAAUGCUCGCAUUCUGCUUUUCGGUGAUUUUAACUACCCUGACAUUGAUUGGCAAAACGUAAUCAGUUCUACAAUAUCAUGUCGCGCAGAGGCGAAAAACUUCCUCGAUGUAUGUCUUAACUUUAACCUCACACAAUUAGUCUCUCAACCAACCCGUGUCUCACGAGGAUCAGCAAAUAUUCUCGACUUGAUAUUAACUAAUAGCCCCGAGAACCUAUCAUCUAUUAGUUACCUUCCUGAGAUCAGCGACCACAAACUCAUACAUGCGCAAUUUUCAUUUACCUCGACCCAAAAACAGACGACUAAUAAAACAAUUGUUCUUUAUGAUAAAGGUAACUAUAGUGCAAUAUCCGAAGAUCUCAGCAACUCUUUUAAUCAGUACGAAUCUACAUUCCACACACGCUCAAUUCAUGACAACUGGUUGAUCUUCAAGGACAAAGUAAAUCACCUCUCUGAUAUGUUUAUCCCGAAGAUUACCUUUCACACUAACCGCAAUAAACCAUGGUUUUCUCGGCAUUUAAAAAAACUUGAAAACAAAAAGAAGCGACUUUUUCGCACCGCCAAACGCACCAACAAGCCUACCGCAUGGGAAAAAUACAUUGAAGCUGAAAAAUCUUAUUUGCUAUCCGUUCGUAGAGCCAAGUACUCGUUUUACCAUAUCGACUUACCUAAUCUCCUAAUCAGGAACCCCAAGCAAUUCUGGCAAGUCCUAAACCCCACACAUCCUUCCGAUAUUAAGCUAACGAGUGAUUCACACGAGGCAGUGACUGACCAUGAUUGCGCAGAAAUGUUUAACAAAGCAUUUGCAUCU